AUGGCUGAAACUACUAGGCAGUUUGCCAAAGUAGUGGCAAGAAUUCCACAGCCUGCUGGCCGAUUGGAACAGGGACCGUUAGUUGCUGAAGCUUGGAUUACGGACAUCGCGCUAUUGCAUGAGACCCUUGGCUGUACUGAUGAGCAAAAGGUUAAUUAUACAGGACUAAGGUUAACCGAUGAAGCUGCAAGAUGGUGGAAGUCUAAGAAAGGACUCUUAGGAAUAGAGUUGGGAUAUGGGUUUGCUAUCCCAUGGGAUAAGUUUGUAGAAGAAUUCAAUGGGCGUUUCUUUCCAAGGGCACAAAGGCAGAUACGGGCCAUUGAAUUCCAGAAUCUGGUGCAAGGCACAAUGACGGUAGAGCAAUAUUCCUCUAGACGAAGAAUCGAAAAGGUGGAACGUUUUGAAAAUGGCCUUAAUCCUCGUACUAAGGAAAGAGUCAUGUGCCACGAGAUUAGGAACUUUGUCAAACUAGUCGAUAUAGUAUUGAUUGCCGAAAGAGGAAUGCGCGAAUCGUCUGCUGCUUAUGAGCUAAAGAGGCGAGCAGCAUCACAGGCAACAUACCCAUCCAAACGACCAGCACUUAGUACUGGAAGCAGGCCAGCUGAGAAGAGGAAUUUCCCUCCUACAACAGGGAAUCAGGCUCUUACAUGCCACAAGUGCGGGAAGGUGCAUGCUGGAGAGUGCAAGGCUAGCAAACCAAACUGCUUCAGGUGUUGUCAAUUUGGCCACUUCAAGAGGAAUUGUCCACUGGAUGCCCCAGGAGGAUCCCGACCCCCAGGAAACAACUUUCCAUCAAGGCGACCCGCCCAAGCGAGGGUGUAUACCUUAACUUCGGUUGAGGUAGACGAAGAAGAAGAACGAGGAGUUAACGAUGUGGUGACAGGUACCAUCUUUUUGUUUGGUAUCCUUGCGUGUACUCUUUUUGAUUCAGGAGCUACACAUUCAUUCAUGUCUGAAGCAUACAUUAGAUUACGUCAUGUUAGCACACGACUUUUAGUACAAAAUCUUAAGGUUGAAACCCCUGGAGGAAAGAAAAUUGUAUGUGAUAAAAUAGAGAACUGUCCAAUUGUUAUAAAAGGAAGGAACCUACCCAUCAAUCUAUCAGUGUUUAAAUCUCUAGGAUAUGAUGUAAUCCUAGGUAUGGACUGGUUAUCAAAGUAUUAUGCGAGUAUAAAUUGUAGGAUUUUUGGUGCUUAUAACUUGGCAGAUUCGAUGAUAUUAAGAUGA